CGAGAGCUCACUCCUUCAGUGAUAGUGCUAGGCAGCCUCUUGUAAACUCAUACGUGGACCAUGCAAGCUUGCUUACCGAGGUCAUAUCUGGCUCCAGUCAGGGAUGAUGAGGCUGAAUCUCAAAGAAAGGCAAAGUCUCGCCAUGCAAGGCAGACUCGAAGAUCAACCCAGGGAGUUACACUAGCAGAGUUAAAAGAGGCCAAGAAGACCCUGGACACUCAGAGUGAUGUGAGCAGCAGGUACCUCGGUGGAGUGCACCUGCAGACGGGAGAUGACCGACUCCCUCUGCCCAUCUUACCGCAGCUGACCGAGUGUGAUGCCAGCAGCUCCCAGUGGAGCACAGACUUAGAUGAGCUGGGAAAUCGGAGGGCUCGUGUGUGUUUGGAGACUGAGUAUUCUACAGCUUCCCAUCAUGCAUCAGACACAGACAACACUGCUUCAGGCAAUAAGUACUUUACAGCAGCAUUAUCAGGUAUUGAUUGGAGAGAUGAGAAUGAAAACCCUAUGGGUACCCUUGACCUUCUCAAUGCUGCUCAGGAGAAGACAGACAACUUCACAACAGCUCAGGCCUGUUACCAGAUUGCAAAGUCCACCGGUGUGCAACUUGCUGCAGGAGCUGCGGCCUUGCCCAACCCGAGUGCAGCUGCAGGGAUGGAGAUAAGGUUCUGUUCUUCUAUGGCCCAAGUGAGAGCGAGCGGAGUGGAGUGGAGUGGAGUGGAGACCGGAGCCGACCUUGGCCACACUCUCCCCGUGAUGCGAAUGUUCCAUGUGGAAAAUCAUAAAGGAACAACAGUCCACUCGGCCCACGCCCUCCGUACGGCUCCAAAGAGCUCUGGCAAGCCAGCCGAGCUGCACGGCUUCAAACAAGAGGAACAUCAGAAGCAGAUAGGGAAGGAGCCACAGAUUGCUGGAUCAGUCUUGACUGCCGCUGUGUCAGGAGCAGCCAGUCGUGAGUGCCGGCAACUCCUCUAA